UCGGUUAUAUGUAUAUACAUAUAUAUAUACAUAGGGGUGUCAGGGUGGUUGCGCAGGGACAGUGUGCCUUUUGGUCCGUCGUCAUUGGAGUUGCUUUGGGUAAAGAGGGGGAUUUCCUCCUCGAGUCCUCAGUUUCACUUGAACCGCGCAUCGGGUGAGUUCAACCCUUGUUGUAUUAUUGAAAAUUUUGUUUCAGAGAAAUCGGAGUGUGCGCGUGUGUAUUUAUCACGGAAAAGCUCCACGCGCUUUGCCGGUAAAAAGCGUGUGCGGCUUUUAUAUAAACGAUAUAACGUGCGGUUAUACGUCGAGAGAUUUUUUUUUUUUUUGGUCAUCUUCUCGUGUUCUUGUCAUAACGUUCAAUAUCUAUAUAUAUAGGUAUUCCCCUGAACCACCCUCUUGCCCCCCCGAUAUGGCAGUCACACUCUAUCCGGAGAUAGAUCACGACCUCAUAAUCCAACAUUGACGUGACCUAUCCCAACUUCGGUGUAUCGUGGGUGUUUUUUUUUGUGCAUCGGUGGUGUGUAACCACGCAAGCCGGCUCUCUUUCUCUCUCUUUCACGGAUAGCGUGUGUCACUUCUCACCUUGAUCUUUUGAAGGCUUAGAAGAGUGUAUUUAUCUUUAUUCAUGCGAGAAUUCGGGUAUCAUCAACAAGAUGGUAAAUCACUUGAGGACGAGGAGAACAUACGAUGACAUAAGAUCAAAUAACAUUUAGGGGGAGGUCUCCAGUCUAAGUAGGUUGUUCUGUGAUGAAGAACCGAUAGACUAGGACCUAAUGGCCCUUAACAUGCAAGCCUUUGGUCCUGUCAACCAUCGUCUUCUUCAACAACUCCUAAUCGUUCUUCUUUUGUCCCUGCCUGUGUACGGAAUGGAUCUAGGACAAUGCAACGCAGCAUUGGGAAUGGAGAGCGGGGAGAUUCUGGACGAAGACAUCACGGCCAGUUCUGCGUACGAUCCCAGCCUUGGACCGAAACAUGCCAGAUUAAGACAAGACCGAGGCGGUGGUGCAUGGUGUCCAAAAACAAUGGUGACGAGCGAGGGGAAGGAUUAUUUGGAAAUAAAUCUUCACAGUCCCAGAAUAAUAACGUCAAGUCGAACGCAGGGAAGAUUCGGCAAUGGAAAAGGCGUCGAAUACGCGGAAGAAUUCUUCAUCGAAUAUUGGCGACCCAGCUUCAACAAGUGGGUGCGCUGGAGGAAUCGUCGUAGCAUUGAGUUAUUGCUGGGCAAUAAUAAUGCGAACGAGGAGAAGGAACAGAUCUUCUAUCCACCGAUAAUAGCGACUAAAAUCCGCUUUAUACCAUACACGACACAUAUUCGAACUGUGUGUAUGCGAGUGGAACUUUACGGCUGCCCUUGGAACGAGGGACUAGUUUCGUACUCGAUGCCUCAAGGAAUUCAGAGAGGUUCCGAAGUCGACCUCACCGACAGAACGUACGAUGGUCAAGAAGAUGCUGGAUACCUUUCUGGUGGUCUGGGUCAAUUGGUGGAUGGGCAAAAAGGUCCAGAUAACUUUAGACUCGAUGUCAACGGUAAUGGGAAAGGUUAUGAAUGGAUCGGUUGGAGAAACGACACCUGGAAUGUUCUCGAAAAGCCUGUGGAAAUAACUUUUGAGUUUGAUUGUGUCAGAAAUUUCACGUCGAUGCACCUUCAUACGAAUAAUUUCUUCACUAAGGACGUUCAGGUUUUCUCGCAUGCAAAAGUGUACUUGAGCGGGGAAGGCAGUCAAUUCACAGGUGAACCAGUUCAGUUUUCGUACAUGCCUGAUUUAGUAUUGGAGCAAGCACGAGACGUUACCAUUAAACUCCAUUCAAGAGCUGGUCGUUUCUUAAAAUUGCAACUUUACUUUGCGGCACGUUGGAUAAUGUUGAGUGAAGUCGUCUUUGAAUCUGUUAUUUUCGAAUGGAACAAUACAGAUGAUGAGGAUUUGAAAAACAAAAGCACAACUGUAUUAUCCACCGGAAGUCCUUAUCAGAACAAUGAGGGUCCACUACAAAGGGACGAGGUGAAAGCAAUAUUCAAUAAAAACAACAACAACAUCAAUUCUUUUCCAGAUAAAAGCAAGGAGCCAGAGUCUAAGCAAUUCAUCGGCUUAGUGAUCGGAAUAUUGACGACCGUCAUCGUUAUGUUACUCACUGCUAUUACCUUUAUCUUCUACAGAAAUAGGAGGCUAAAAGCAGCGCUAACACCUCCGACCUUCUAUGAUCAUCACGUUAAUCUCAAGGUUUCAGUGGAGGAGAGCGAGGACAAGGGACCAAUUUGCCCCCCGCUACCGCCCCAAUAUCGUCCCACUGCCUAUGGAAGUACCACCACCACCACCACUACUACAACAAGCGGCAGUAGUACCACCACCACCACCACCAAUAGCAGCAGCAUCACAUCAACAACAGGCAGUAGUAUGACUACAACAACUCCGCAGCUUCACAAAACUACCUCCGAGUAUACUGCUGGAAUUAGCGAGGUGCAAAAUAUUCCACUCUUGCUUAACACGACGAUGAAUCUUGGCAGACCAAUUCCGCCGGUUGAGGAAUAUUCGUCUAACCCUCCUCCCAUUCCACCGCCACCUGAGAAGUAUUAUGCCAGCACGGAGAUAUGCAAGAGUCCGUUGCCACCUCUACCACCUUCGCCGAAUCCAAGUACACCAGUAGCAAUGAGUGUCAAGGCUUCCAGUAGUUUAAACAGUUACAGUCCAGAGGACAUGCUAACUGAUGAAGAGGACGAGGAUCCAAUUUUCGAUUUUCCCAGAGAAAAGCUCAAUAUUGUUGAGAAUCUUGGAACGGGUGCCUUUGGGGACAUUCAUAUUUGCGAAGUUGACAGAUUUCCCGGUUCGGAGAAAAUUUUCCGACCCACGUACAGUGAUCUCGUGAUUGUCAAAUCACUUCGACCUGGUUCCUCGGAACCUUUAAGGUUGGAAUUUCAGCAGGAGGCAAAAAGACUGGCACGACUCAUCGAUUGGAAUGUCGCACGACUACUCGGUGCCAGUCUAGAAAACGAUCCAAUGUGUAUCGUAUUGGAAAACGGCGAAUACGGAGAUUUGAAUCAGUACCUGCAAAAUCACAUUGCCGAGACGUCAACAAUGCACACUGCUAAGACCUUAAGCUUUGGCACACUGGUGUACAUGGCUGUGCAAAUAGCAUCUGGUAUGAAGUAUCUGGAAGAAAUGGACUUUGUGCAUCGUGAUCUUGCAACGAGAAAUUGUCUAGUAAACAGAGGCUAUUCGAUAAAAAUUUCCGACCUGGGAACAGGAAGAACUGCCUAUCUUGCUGAUUAUUUUAAGGUCGAAGGCCGCCCCCCACUUCCAAUUCGAUGGAUGGCAUGGGAGUCAAUGCUCAUGGGAAAAUACACGUGUAAAAGCGAUGUAUGGGCCUUUGCUGUCACGUUCUGGGAAAUACUUACUUUUGCGAGGGAGCAACCGUUCGAGGAAUAUCCGGAUAAUCGGAUAGUCGAGAACGCCACUUAUUUUUAUCAAGAAGAUCAGAAACGGAUACUACUGCCACUGCCGAAAAAUUGUCCAAAGGAAAUGUACGAUUUAAUGUGCGAAUGUUGGCAACGCAACGACAUGAAUCGUCCGAGUUUUCGUGAAAUUCAUCUUUUUUUGCAACGAAAAAAUUUGGGCUACAAACCAAAUGAUACUUGAUACAAAGAACUUGAAGGCUGGAAUUUAAUCCGGCUUUCGAUGAUCGGUGAGCUGAACGGUAAUUGGUGGACGACCAAGUAGAUAGUGAAAAACAAAAUCGAACACUUUCAAGGUAAAGAAAAAAACUAUAUAAUAAUGAUAAUGAUGAUGACGACGACUCGACAAUAACCAUUCUGCGAAUCGAUAUCUCUCCCUUUUACCCCCACCCCCACACGCAUUUUGAUGUUCGAUAUAGAGACAUGUUCGACUUUUCGGUGGUCGACAGUCACAGUUUGCUAUCUCUAUAUAAAAAAAAAAGAAAAAACCCAAAAAAAGAAAAAUGCAAUCGAUAUGUCGUCGGUGCUAUAUAAAUAAAAAAAAAAAGAGAGUGACGGUGUUCUCGCAGUGUUGUGUGUUGAUUCUAUCACUCAGAUCUUUUACAAAACUGUUGUUGACUUUGCAAAAUCUAAUUAUUAAAAUGCGAUUGCCUGAUAAAAUGUAUGAGAAUGAAAAAAAAUCACGAAAGAAUGAAAUUCUCGAGAAAAAAAACUGUACCUAGUCACAUGACUAUCGGAGGUCACGAAAUUUUUCUUUCUUUCCAGAAAUCAUUUUUUUUUUUUUAAUAUUUAAUUUGAACCCCAACCAGAGCGAAUUUCAAUUUAGAAUAUUUUUACACAAAAACCUAAAAUACGUAUAGCACUUUCAUUUAUGCCCUCUAUUUACUGGUAUAUUUCAAUUACUAUAAUGGAAUCAUUUUCCAAUUUUCUGUGAUUUAAAUCUUUUUAUACACGUGACAAGGGAGAAAAAAGCAGAUCGCCUCUAAAAAUGAAAAAAAUUACACCAGAUAUAAAAUGAAAUACCACAGAACAGUGGUUUUCUUUUUUUUUUGGUCAAAAACCAUCAUCCUGAAUGUGAUAUGAUAUUGUAUCCCACUUUUUUUUCACAUGAAUAGUGUGAUUCUGAAUAAAAAACGAAAUUUUCUCUCCCUUGAAAAAGAAAUUUAAUUUGAAUUAAAUUCGGGGGAAAAAUGAAUGAAAUAAAAAAGAAUUUUUUUUAACCCCUUGAAAAAGAUUUAAUUCUGAAUUAAAUUCGAAGGGGAAAAAAAAUUGCAAUUUUUAGAAAGAAUUACGGUGGGGAAAAAUGGGAUUUCUGGAAAGAAUGAUUUUUUUGGUGAUGAGAAAAAAAAUUCGUACUUGGCGAAAUAUGGAAAUGUUUAGAAAAAAUUUUUCUGAGUAGGAUAAAUAUUUAUAAAUAUUUAUUUUCGGAAUUUAAAAAUAUAAGGAGCAUUCUCUAUAAAACGAACACGACCCUCUGCCCAAAAUGGGUUUAAAAAUAAAAGACGAUUCUUUUUGAAAAAUUAUAACUUGGGAUAUGUAGUUUCUCUUGCCGUAUGGUCUUUUUUAAUUACAAAUUUUUUUAAGACAAUAUAGCGUUAUAAACAAAUAAAUUAUUU